AUGCACUUCACCUUCCAAUGUUCUAAUUUAACUCCGCGACAAUUUGGAUUUCAUAAUACUGAUUUGAUCACCAGAAAAAGGAGGUACCCUUUUCUGAGCCAAGAGAAAAAUAUAUUUAGCCUUUUCAAGUUUGUCAAGUUUUCCAUCCUUCCUCAGGCCUUCAAGCAGCUUAUAGAUGCUAUCCACACUGGGAUACCAAUUCUUUUGCAUGCUUUCUUUACAAAAAGUUGCAGGCGUUUUGAAUUUGUUUUCUUGUUUGUGUUGACAAGCUGCAGCCUGCAUUCAAGUGAGUUGCUAUUGUGGGCUCUAUCAGAUGAGAUGGUAUCUCUUCCGGCCAAGAGUAAUGGGUAUAUUCGAGUGGAUUGCUAUGGAGGACUCAAUCAGAUGAGGAGGGAUUUGUGUGAUGGUGUUGGAGUUGCUCGCUUGCUGAAUGCUACUCUUGUUUUGCCCAAAUUUGAAGUAGCUGCAUAUUGGAAUGAAUCCAGGUAUCCACUGUAUGCCAAAACUGCAUUCUGCCACAUAUGUUAUAAUGCUCUGCGCUUAACCAGCACGUUGGAGAAGAAAGCGUCUGAGCUUCUAGAAGCUAUACCUAAGUCCUUCCUUUCACUUCACCUUCGGUUUGAACCCGACAUGGUAGCUUACAGUCAAUGUGAGUACUCUAAUCUUUCUCCUGCUUCUAUGCAAGCCAUAGAUGCAGCAUGA